AAAAAAAAAAAACAAAACCUAAAAAUUUUAUAAUCUCCCUACCUGUUCCAAACCAAGGGAAAUUAAUCAUCUGAAAACCCCUUUCACCAUUUCUCCAAAUCAUUAUCAAUUUCUUGAUUCGAGCCGAGGGGUUUUCUUCAUUUUAUUUUCUUCCUCCAAUAAUCCGUCGUCACAAUAUGACAAUAUAUUAUCAUAUGAUGAUUACCUGCAUUUUUGCAUUGCAUUGCUGAUUCCCCAUAUAUUGAUUCUGGUGUUCAAGAGUAGUUAGUUCAUAGAGGUAAUUAAUAAGAAGUUGAAAUAGGUGCCAAACUCAAGGCUAAGAUUAAGAAACUCAAGGCAAAGAUUCAGAAACUCAAGCACAUAUAUUCCAAGCUUAAGAAGAUGUUAGAGAAUGAGAAAGGCAGAGAAGAUUUAGAACAUCAUCAGAAUGAUAUCAGCAUUCAUCAUGGGGAUAAGGGCCCCACUCCCUCCUCCACCAAUGAUGAACAUGUAUCUGUGGCUCCUCCUCCCCAGAAAGAAGUUAGACAACCACCUUCAGAUAUGGACAUGAUGAAAGAAAGGUUUUCUAAGCUGCUUCUGGGGGAGGACAUGUCAGGAGGAGGGAAGGGUGUUUCAUCAGCUCUGGCCUUAUCAAAUGCCAUCACAAAUCUAGCUGCUUCUGUUUUUGGAGAACAAUCCAAGUUACAACCCAUGGCUCCAGACAGGAAGGCAAGGUGGAAGAAGGAAGUAGAUUGGCUAUUAUCUGUCACAGAUUACAUUGUUGAGCUUGUUCCUGCUGAACAAAAAGGAAAGGAUGGAAAAAUCAUGGAGAUAAUGGUGACACAAAAGAGAAGGGACCUUCUGAUGAACAUACCUGCACUAAAGAAGCUUGAUACCAUGCUCCUAGACUGCCUAGACAACUGCAAAGACCAGAACGAAUUCUGGUAUGUGUCGAAAGACGCGGAUGAGUCAGAGAAAGGUGUGCAGAAGAAUGCGAAAUGGUGGCUUCCCACAGUUAAGGUUCCGCCGAAUGGGCUGUCUGAAGCAUCCCGGAAAUGGCUGCAGUAUCAGAAGGACUGCGUCAAUCAAGUCCUCAAAGCUUCCAUGGCCAUCAAUGCACAGAUUUUGUCAGAGAUGGAGAUCCCAGAAAGCUACAUUGAAUCACUCCCAAAGAAUGGUAGAUCAAGUCUGGGGGAUUAUAUCUACAAGAGCAUAACAGUGGAGUUUUUCGACCCGGAACAAUUCCUGUCGACGAUGGACCUGUCAUCUGAGCACAAGAUUCUUGAUCUGAAGAACAAAAUAGAGGCGUCUAUAGUGAUCUGGAAGAGGAAGAUGAACCAGAAAGAGGUGAAGUCUUCGUGGUCUUCAGGUGUAAGUUUGGAGAAGAGAGAACAGUUUGAGGAGAGAGCAGAGACGAUCUUACUCCUCCUCAAGCAUCGUUUCCCAGGCCUCCCUCAAUCCUCCCUGGACAUCAGUAAAAUCCAGUACAACAAAGACGUGGGGCAUUCUUGCCUGGAGAGCUACUCGAGGGUACUAGAAAGCCUUGCCAACACAGUAAUGUCCCGCAUUGAGGAUGUCCUGUACGCUGAUUCUCUCACACAAGAGCCACCCCCCUCGGAAUGCGGCAACCCGGAUUCCUUAGAAGACGCGGCAGAAGACGCAGGGAUGGGGGACACCAACUCAAUGACAUUGCUUGAUUUCAUGGGCUGGAACCUCGAAUCAGGAGGCGGAGACGCAGAAACCAAGAACAACAAUUCCUUAGACUCCAACGAGGAAACUGACGACAAAUCUCCCAUGACAAAACCCCUAACCGCUAACUCAAAAAAGAUUUCCUACGUUGACAAGAUCGAAGGUGGCAUGGUUAGUCCCACAGCACGCCAUUAAAACAGAGAGCGGGAGAUCGAGAUAUCUCCCAAAGAAACAAUGAACUAAUGACUUAUUUGUAUGUAUGUAUAUGUAUAGUAUAGACAGGUUAACCGACCAAGUGUAAAUACUCCAAAACCCUUUUUAAGGAGUUAUUGGAUUAAUUAGUUAGUGAUUUAUUGUAACUGUUCGUUGGAGCUCCCAUACACAACCAUCGUGGAUAGGGAAGUUCAAAACACAUUAUUAUUAUUAAUUAUUGUUAUUGUUUAUUUAUUUAUUGUAUAUGAUUAAUUCAAGAAGACCUUUAUAUAUUCUUGGAUUUUAUAUAAUUCCCUUCAUUAA